AUGAACCAAGGCAACACCACCAACCAGAGCGGAGAAGCAUACAACAUGAAUACCGAGCAGGACUAUGCUGCUCCUAUGGGCCAGGCCAAUUUCAGCGCGGGGCCUUCUGAUGGUUCUCGGGGUUUCACGUCUGGGGCCCAGGCAACGCCCCCUAUGGCAAUGUCAGGUCCCAUGACCUAUUAUUCCACAGGAAUCUCCACCCCCGAGCUGACGGGACUGGUGCCGCCGCCGGCAUUCAACUCCGGCUAUCAACAUCAAUAUGGGCCAAACACCAACCCAUAUUACAACUCUUAUUCUCCAAAUCAAACCCCUGCCGGGAUGAAUGCUGGUGGGAUGGGUACCCCAGGGAUGUACAUGCCCCAACAAAGCCAGGGCCCGCCUCAUCAAUAUAAUUAUCCCCAGGCUCCUACUUCCAUGCCGACGCCUAGCUUGGGCUCAAGGCCUACUCCUGUAUCCAAUCACCCAUCCAAUGCGGUGCCUCCGAUUGUCCAGAACCAGGCUACUAAUCAUGCAACCUCUCCCGCGGCUACCAGCGACAACACUCCUAGCCCGGGGCCCAGCAACUCUAAUCACCGAGUCAGACGGGGACGGUCUGCCAGAAACCCGCGGUCCAGUUCUGACCAAGACGACGAAUCCGUCCAGACAGACGGUUCUCACCCACAGUGGAGACCGGGAAUGAGGCAGACAAAGAUCCUCGACUCAUGGUCGGAGCAGAGGAAGAAGGCAACUCGCACCAGGAACGACUGGAUCGCGAGAUGCAAGGCCGACCAUACUCGGAAGCAAAACAGGGUCUCGGCUCGCAAGAGCCGCCAGAAGAAGGAGGAUGCUCUCCAGGAGGCUCGCGGCACAGCCCAACUCCUACGAGAUCAGAAUGCGGCUCUCCGCCAUCAACUCGCUGAUCUCCAAAAUACCAUUCGCCAGCUCGACGAUCAGAACGAGCAGCACCGCCGUACAAUUACGGUCAUGGAAUCCAGGCAGGCUACUCUGAAUCGCUGGAUCAACCGCCGCGAGGGCCGGAUAGCGGAGGCCGAGGCGAGAGCUGACCGGCAGGAGGGACCUGGAGGGAUGCAGGCUCAGAUGCCGCUCCCAGACAGCGCGCAAACCCUGACUGCGGCACCCGGCGAGCUCCAGAAUCAGGGUCCGCCACAAAGCGCAGGCCCCAACGGCAAUGGCCUAGGGGCCGACUUGGCUCUGGGCUCGGAGCAGACCCGAACACAGCCGGACGAAGAUACUGGCGCUAUGCUGGGGAUUAGCGACUUCGACUUCCCCAGCCUGAGCAGUUUCUUCAACGGCCAGCAGUGA